CUUUGUUCUCCUGCAUUCGCGCCUUUGUCCUGCAUCUCCUUCCCCAUCCAUCCAUCUUUCAUCUCAUCUGCCCACCAUGCGUUUCACUUCCCUCCUAGUCGCUGCUACCGCGACAUUCUCUCAAUGUCUCGCUGCAAGCUAUGGAAGCCAGGGUGAAGUUCCUGCUAUUCGCACUUACUUCAUGGUCGGUGGAGGUUAUGUAGAUGAUGGUGCAGGCGGAGAAAUCUUCCGCGAUCAGAUGUACGUGGAGAGACUGGUCCCGACUAAGGGACCAUACAAGUCUACACCUCUCGUGUUCAUCCACGGACAAGCCCAAACAGGAACAAACUUCCUAAAUAAGCCAGACGGAGGCCGUGGUUGGGCGAGUCAGUUCAUCAACCAGGGCUAUGAAGUUUAUAUCGUCGAUCAGACCUUCCGAGGACGAUCGGCAUGGGCGCCCCUCGCUGGUGCAACCAAGCCCUCGACGUACUCGGCGCAGAUCAUCGAGCAGCGCUUCACUGCCGUGCAGGACUACAAGCUUUGGCCCCAAGCUGAGAAGCACACCCAAUGGCCUGGUACCGGCAAGCGAGGAGACCCUGUCUUUGACGCCUUUUACGCCUCCAACGUCCAGUUCAUCAACAAUGCUACCUACCAGCAGGAGACCGUUCAGGCUGCUGGUGCUGCCCUUCUUGACAAGAUUGGCAAGCCUGUUAUCCUCCUUGGCCACAGCCAAGGCGGUAUGAUGCCCAUUCUCGUCGCUGAUGCUCGCCCCAAGCUCACCAAGGGCUUGAUCCUUCUUGAGCCUUCUGGUCCUCCCUUCCGAGACGCCGUCUUCAGCACCAAGGCAUCUCGUGCCUACGGUCUGACUGACAUUCCCCUCGUCUACAGCCCUGCCGUCACCGACCCCUCCACUGAUCUCGUCCAAGAGGUUCAGCCCAGCCGUGGCGAGGACUUCGUCGAGUGCAUCCUUCAAGCCAAGCAGCCUGCACCCCGUCGUCUCGUCAACCUUGCCAGCAAGCCUAUUCUCCUCCUCACUUCUGAGGCGUCCUAUCAUAUGCCCUACGACUACUGCAUUGCCCGUUACCUUAAGCAGGCUGGUUGCUCCAAGACCAAGCACAUUGAGCUUGGCGAGGUUGGCAUCCAUGGUAAUGGACACAUGAUGUUUAUGGAGAAGAACAGUGAUCAGAUCCAGGCUCUUGUUGAGCGCUGGGUGCGAUCAACAUAAUGUGGCCUGUGAGCCCAUGAGCGGUUGACGCUCCAUGCUGCUGCUCGACAAAUGACCUUCCGUUGUUGACCGGGAGCUUUGAUGUUGUCCAUGGCUGUUGUCGCUUUCAGUGACUAGGUAAGCCUGGAAGUAUAAUAGAUUAUGCAUAUUCGUCUCUGACGAACUAUAUAGAUAGAAAUAAUUAUAACUGUAAUGCCAUACCAUAUCUGCC